AUGUCAAAUUUGGCUGGUAAGCAGUAACUUGGUGGGGUAAAUUUGGACUUAAAUCCUUCCGCACGGACAUUAGUGGAAUUCGAAUGCCUUGUCAAUGUUGGUUAUGCUUCUUUUUAUCUUCUUUUAUUUGUGGUUCACGAAGACCUGGCAACCUCGCCGAGAUAUCGCUCAGAAUCACCGGAGAGCCAGCCGGUCCCUCCAUCACUUUGUCUCUCCUUUGUCCCGAGAUUUAUCCCAUUCCUUGGGAGAUCUGUGACCUGAAUUUUAUCUUGUCACAAGUAUUCGAAUAUUUGACGAUAUCUUCAAAUUUGAACAAUGAACGCCUAAAUACCAUCAUCAACUCUACGUUGAUCUCAGAAUCUAUUAUACUGCCUUAAUCUACAAUUUGUUCGACGCAUCGAGAGACAAUGUCCUCAAUAACCAAUGUCAUGCGUCUCCUAAACAAUGUCAUCACUGGUGAAUACCCAGAAUACCUUCCACGCUCUAGUUCAGAAGUCAUCACAUUGCUCGGAGGGUUGAAAUCCCGGGAAGAGGUUUACCUCUCGCAUUAUCGGAGAAUGAAAGGAGUCACGAGCCACGAAUUGAAGAGGGUGUAUGAUUUUGUAGCAGCUUCUAUCGUAAUGGUCACAGAUAUUACCAAAGAGCUCAUGGAGUUGGCCUUUAUUGAUUCUAGGGUUAAAUCAUUCCAUGUAUAUGAGGCCCUCAGAAUUCUUUAUCUGGCAUUUGGUGCCUUUCAGAGGUUAGCCGGCAAAGUCAAAACGCUUCCCCAGCCAGAAAAAGACCGUUGCUUCGGCUACGUGGGAGGUUGCUACAACUACUCCAUUCUAUUUCAAAAACUGCUCUAUCCCGAAGACGAAUGCGAUCACCUCGAAAUCUACACCCAAGCUCUCGGGCACGAUUUCCAAUUCUGUUUCAAGAUAGAUACCGAUCAGGAUUACUCUUCGCCAGGCUCAUCUCUAAGAAACGGAUUCGAGAAAACGCUCAGCGCAUGCAUACCUCCUGCAAAUCAAAUACCUGUAUGCUGUCAUUUAACAGCACAGCCUGACAAGCCGGUGUGCCCGCAGUUUUAUCGAAAUCCAUAUUUUUAUGGACCAAGAAACCUUCGAAAUCAGAAUCAUGAAUCGAAUAGAGGCUAUUUCAAGAUGAAGGAAGAUAGAGAGAGAGGGGUGUAUCGCACGAAGGCGGCGACGACCAGUGAUAUAAGUUACAACCAUGGAGGGAAAGUGGUUAAAGAACCGAAAGUCCAGGCAAUGCGUCGGCGGAAGCGACAGAUACGCGAUCUGGAGGCAUACUCUGGGUAAACACACACAGUAGCAUAAGGAAAAGCCAGAUUCGGGCGUUGAGUGAUGAGAUAUACUUUAUGAUUAUGAUAAUGAUGAUGGAGAUAUACGACGAGCAGAUAAACGACAAACAGAUAUACGACGAACAGCCGUGGCAUGAUGAAUUAGCAUAUUAGAAAUAUUUUACAUGUACAAGAUAAUGAAUCAUGAACAUCUCUUUCUAUAUCCCAAUCUACACAUCUAAAUAUCGACCGCCAAUUCGUGC